AUGACCGUCCUCCGGGAGGCGGGGAGCAUGGAGGACCCCGCCGACGACUCGUCCCCGACGGACGCCUCCUCGUCCAGCCGCAGCAUCAGCUUCAGCGUGGCCUCGCUGCUGGCCGGCACCAGCGUCGUCGACGUCGAGGACUUCCGCGAUGACGCCCCCGCGUCGUCACCACCCCCCUCCGAGAGGCCCGCGCGCGGCCCCGUCAGGCCCACGCCCUUCUCAGCGCUGGCCGCGGCCGCCGCGGCCUACUCGCACGUGGGCGCCGGGCUGCAGGGCCUGCAGGGCCACGGCCCCAACGCCGCGGCCGUGGCGGCGGCCUGGGCCCGGGCAGGGGCUCCCUUCUACCAGCCGCACGCUUUCGGAAGGACUUCUGAGCCCGGCGCGCCCGACGAGCCCCCCAAGCUGCGCUGCACGCUGCGCAAGCACAAGCCCAACCGCAAGCCGCGCACGCCCUUCACCACGCAGCAGCUGCUGUCGCUGGAGAAGAAGUUCCGGGAGAAGCAGUACCUGUCCAUCGCGGAGCGCGCCGAGUUCUCGUCGUCGCUGCAGCUCACCGAGACGCAGGUGAAAAUUUGGUUCCAGAACCGGCGCGCCAAAGCCAAGCGGCUCCAGGAAGCCGAGAUAGAGAAGAUCAAGAUGGCGGCCAUCGCGGCCGUGCGGCCCGGCCCUAUGUUCGUGCCGCCGGCGCCGCACUUCUUCCAGCACCAGAUGCUGCCGCAACUGCCGCUGAGCGCGCUGCUGGCCAGGCACCCCAUGGCGCACCUCCUGCACGGCGCGGCCCCGGCGGCGCCCCUUCAGGGGCCCUCGCAGGGCCCCCUGUCCCCCGCGCUCGCCUCCCCGCUGCCUUCCCCGCGCUCCGCGCCAGCGCCGCCCUCACCGCGCCUGUAG